UGUCGCCGUCGAAGCAAAUCAAAACUCCUCUCUUUCAACCUCUCUUCAACCUCCUCUCUGCAACCAUGAAACUCUGGAGAUCUCUCGUACUCUUGAUCCCAGAACCCUAAAUCUAGUCCUCUCUCUCUCUCUUCUUGCAGUCUCUCUCUCUCUCGAACCCAUCUCUCUCUCUCACGCAGUCUCUCCUUCUCAAACCCAUCUCUCUCUCACACAGUCUCUCCUCUCGAACCCAUCUCUCUCUCUCACGCAGUCUCUCCCUCUCCGAAGCAAACCCAUUGAGCUCUCUCUCUUUGAGGUUUGUGAUAGCAAAGAGAAUCUACUCGGUUUGUUCCUUUUUAGCACUUGCGGCAAAGAAGUGUGUUCUGUGUUCAGCCUCGUCUCAAGCUUCUCUCAAGGUCUCAGAAGCUUCGUCUCUCACUCUAUCGUCAGGCUCUCUCAUCUCAGACUCAGACCCUCUCCAAGCUCACUCAUUUUUGACUAUCUGUUCAAGCUUCAAUGGCAUCUGUCCCUGGAAAUGAUGAAAACUGUAUUGUGGAGCGAUGAACAAACACGGUUUGUGCUUCCACUAAGAAUUGAAGAAGAACUGAAAGGCAAUAUGAGAAAUAAGGUUCUCAAUGAAACUGCGAGAAAGACAAUGGCAGAUAAGUUUUAUGAUACAUAUGGGGUGAGGCAUCCAUGGAUAAUGUUUAGGAACAAGUUUAACUCUUGCAAGAAGCAAUACGGAGCUAUGAAGAGGUUGACUCACAAUAGAACUGGACUUGGAUAUCAUCCAGAUGGGUCAAUAGACAUGAGUGAUGAUUGGUGGGAGCAGCGUUGUAAGGAAUGGCCUGGAGCUAGGAAGUACAAAGAUAAACCAGUGGCAAACACAGAUCUAAUGGAGCAUAUUUUUAGUGGGGUUCAUGUAAGUGGAGCAGAAGGAUGGAGUGCUCAUCAAGGUGAAAACGAGUUAGACAAUAUGGAGGUCGAGAAUGAUGAUGCUGCAUCUGAAGUAGGGACAACCAAUCCUCCAGAAAUGCAAACCAAUCCUGAACCAGAUUCUCCCACAUCCUCCAAUGGUCCACGAGGCUCCAAUGCUCCCCGAGCCUCUACUGUCCCAAAGCCUUCUUGGAAAAGGCGUUAAGAACAAGCAGCAGAGGUUAUGAGAAGUACUGAAGUAGUCUUCAGUCACGUGAUGAGAUACUCUCUCACAAGAACCACCUAAACGAAAGCCAUCCAGAUUUGAGUUGCAGUCAGCUUAAGGCUAUGAGAGUCUUGUAUUCACUGUCUACUAUCAAAAUGUGGUCUCCAUUGUACAGAGCUGCCACGAAACAUCUCAAGGAAGCUGCUACAAAUCGACAGACAUUCCUAAGCUAUGAAGAUGACGAGAACAAGAUUAUCUAUUUGGAGGAAGAGACCGGGAAAAGCAGAUAUGACAUAUCUGAAGUUUGAGUCUUGUGUUCUCGUUUGAGUCUUGUGUCUUGUCUUCUCGUUUGAGUCUUGAGUCUUCUCGGUUGAGUCUUUAUGUAUGACAAUGUGAAGUUUUCAUGAAUUAUCUAUGACAUUUUCCAUCUAUGAA